AUCCCUCGAGGUGGAAUGUUUGGAGAGCACACGGAGCAAAUGUUGCAGGCCCUUCGGCAACAUGGGGAGGUGGUCGAGUCUCUGCAAACCCACACGGAUUCUCUGAACAAGGCGCUGGGGGCCGUGGCGGAGGUCCAGACCAGCCAGAAGUUCAUUGUGGCUUCCCUCCAAACUGAGAUGGAAACGGAGAGGCUGGCUAGGACCCACCAAAGGCGCACCAUAGAGGACCUGCAGACCGAGCUCAACAGACUCAAGGAGGAGAGCAAGGUAUGGGUGGACCACCUUAAUUCACUGGAAUCUGACAUCAAGGAGGAAAUCAGGAAGACCGAGAGCAUGGCAGAGGAGAUGGCCGUGGAGAUCCGGUCUGCCAACGAGCGGGUGGCGAAUCUGGGGAAGGUGAUCCGACGCGUCCAGAGCAGCAUGCAGGCACUCGAGAGGGUAGUGAACCGCCACACAAAGGCGCUCGUCACCAUCAGGAAGUACAAGGGCCACGUUGAGGACUCAGAACCCGACGAGGUCACUGUCAGACCCCCCCAGCCUCUGUCAGAGAACUUCGACUGCCCUCACCCGUACACGAAGAUGGGCGCCGGCUGCUUCACCGUCCAUUCGGAUGUCCGGAAGACGUGGGAGGAAGCACGCGACGACUGCAAGAAUAUCGACGGAGAUCUGGCCAAUCCUUUCGACCUGUAUGACCUGGCGCUCUUCCUAGACGAAACUUUCAGUGCCUCUGUACAUUCGAAUCCAGGCCGCUGGGGAUUCUGGAUAGGCGCCCAGCUGGACAACACAGACACGUGGAACUGGGUCACCGGCGUGCCUGUGUUGAUGCAGGUGGACUUCUGGGGCCGCGGAGAGCCUGGGGACGCCCUGGAGGAUGACGAGCGCUGCAUGUUCCUGCAUAGCCUGUGGAGGUUCCGUGCAGGCGCCGACAGCUGCUCCCAUAAGAAGUUCUUCGUUUGCGAAAAGAAACUUAAUUAAGAUGGACAAGAUCACUUCAAUGAACGGAUAAAUAUUGUUUUUUAUGCCGUGGAUUCAUGGCUUUGGAAUAAAAGUAUUGCCAAUCUUUA